AUGCCCGAGCUGAAAAUUACCUACUUCGACUUCCCGGGCCGUGCCGAGGCCUCGCGCCUCGCUUUGCACAUUGGUGGCAUCCCUUUUACCGAUGAGCGUCUCCUGGUUGACGAAUUUGUCACUGCAAAGCCCUCGUUCCCUUACGGGAGCCUCCCGGUGCUCACGGUAGAUGGACAACUGCUCGCGCAAAGCGCCGCCAUCCUACGCUACUGCGGCUGUCUGGCCGACCUGUACCCCGCCGACGCCCUGGAGGCAGCCCGGGCGGACGAGGUCGUUAACGUCGUCGUCGAAUUCGUGGCGGGGCUGGAGGAGAUCGGCGGCUCCGCGGAAGAGGAUGAUGACAACGGCGUACAGAUGAGGGUGCUCGAUUUCGUCAAUCAGGCCUUGCCCAAGUUUUUGGGGGGGCUGGAUCGUAGGUUACAGAGCUUUGGAGAAGGGCCGGCCGCUGUUGGCGCUGGUAUUACGAUUGCCGAUCUCGCCAUUUACGUGUGUUUGCUCAACAUUGCGGCGGGCGCGUUUGAACCGGUGUCCAUGAAGGUAGUCCAGGGGUACACCAGAGUGGUGGCUUCGUUCGAGAUGGUCAGAACACAUCCAAAAGUCGUGGCUUGGAACAAUCAAAUCGCCCGCAAAGCCGCCGACGUCCGGCAGAGAGCGGAGGCGGGAAUGCCAAACUAA